GCUCGAGGUUGCUGUGGUCAGGCUUGGCGGCGCGGGAAAUGGGGCGGCGCGAAGCCGUGAGCUUGCAAGCUUUCCGCGAUGGCUCGCGGUUUUGCAAUCGUGGCUUCUCUGCUGCUUCGCCGAUCUGCUACGUUUUUAUGACGACGAGGCGUACAUCGUGUCUGCCUUUCAAGGUGAUGCAACUUUUCUCUGGGGCUCUGCCACCGCUGCCGCCCAGAUUGAAGGAGCCUGGAAUAUCAGUGGCAAGCAAGCAUCGAGCUGGGAUGACUUCUGUCACAGCAUUCCGCAUCGUGACACCACUGACCCCGACACUUUCAGCAAGACGUGCGGUAGCAUUCCUGAAGGUCAGAGUGGGUCUAGGUGGGUGACGUUGGACGUCACGGAUGAUUUCUCUCACACGUACAACGCUGAUAUUGACUUGCUCUCUGGUGAAUAUGGCAUGAACGCGAUGCGUAUGUCUAUGUCCUGGCCUCGCCUGAUGCCUUUAAACAAGUCUUCGGGGAAGCAUGAAGUGAAUCCAGAGGGCGUUAAGUUUUACAAAGACGUUUUCGCGAUGAUGAAAAAGCAUGGCGUUACACCUUUCGUCACUCUCCACCAUUGGGAUGUUCCAAAUGACCUUUCCUGGCUGGAAGAUGACAUUGUGAAUCAUUUUUUGGAUUUUGCAAAAUUGUGCUUCAAUGAGUUCCCUGAGAUCACCAAUUGGGCAACUGUCAACGAGCCCAACUCACUCUGCUCCGGAGGCUAUGGGGCAGGCGUUUUCGCACCUGGCCACAAGAGCACCACUGAUCAUCUAGUGUGUGGGCACCAUAUCCUGCAGGCACAUGCGCGAUCAGUCGAUUACUUCAGGAAAUCUGGCAAGAAGGGCCACAUUGGAAUUGUUCUCGAUUGCACGUGGGCAUAUCCAAAUACAGACAGUGAAGCAGACAAUAGGGCAGCCGCGUACGACCGAGACAAUCUAGUUGGUUUCUGGGCUGAGCCUAUCUUCAAAACCGGUGAUUACCCACAGAGCCUGAAGGACUUCUUCGGUGCGAAGAUGCCUGUCCUCACAGACGAAGAAAAAUAUAUGCUGAAGGGUUUUGCCGACUUCUGGGGCCUCAACACGUACGGUGGCCAUGUUGCCGUAUGGAACGACAAGAAGAUUGAAGAUUACGAGCCAGGCGAUAAUGUCGCCGGACGUUAUUCAUUCAGCCCUUGCUCUGCUGGGGCAGACCAGACGCACGUCGACGAUCAUGAGUUCGAGUGUGGUGCAGCUUCAGGCUGGAUCUGGGCAAAGCCGGACUCCAUGCGGAAGUAUUUGAAUUGGGUGAAAGACUACUACGGUGUCGAACACAUUUUCGUGACCGAGUUUGGAGUCGACGUUGCUAAUGAAAGUGACAUGCCCAUGGAUGAGGCACUUGUCGACACCUACCGCCAGGAGUAUUACAAGCGGUAUCUGAAGCAAAUUGCUGUGGCAAAGAAGGAAGAUGGUGUUGCCAUCAGAGGAGUUUUCGCAUGGUCGCUCAUGGACAAUUUUGAGUGGGCAGACGGCCUGAAUUUCCGUUUUGGUAUCACGUACGUCGAUUUCAACGAUUUGUCUCGCCAUCCAAAGAUGUCCGCGAAGUGGUGGACCAAGAUGGCGCAGGAGCCCCCGGUGCUUCCGAGGGGGCCACCCGCGGACAUGUCGCAGCUGGAGGCCUCGCAGAUGACCGAGUCCUACGUGCCCGCCACGCCCAGCCAGACCCGUCCCAGGUACUGCCGCGCCCACGACUCCAAGGACAGGAGGCCGAAGGUGCGGGCGAGGCUCAAGGCGUGCAAGCUGUGCAAGCACGAGGUGAACACCAACUGCGCCGACUUCGCGCUUUGCCCCAGCUGUUCGCAGAGGCACCACCAGUGCAUGCUGUGCGCCGCCCCCGCGCCGGACUCGGACUCGCCGGACGCGGACCUCGCAGCGGGCUCCCCGAUGAAGCCACCCCCGCCGCCGCCGCCGGUGGCAUUCUCGGAGGAGGCCGCCGCCGCCGCGCAGGAGCUGGCGGUGCCCGGCCCCUGUGUGAGGAGGUACUGCCCCGCGCACGAGGCGCGCGAGAGGCGGCUGAAGGUCGAGCCCUGGCUGGGGCAGUGCCGCUCGUGCCUGGUCCGCGUCCAGACGAAUUGCGCAGAGUUCUCCCUGUGCCAAGGCUGCUCCGAGUCUCGCCACCGCUGCAUGAUCUGCGCCGCCAGCGUUGCCCCAGAGGGCCACGCGGCGCCGCCGCAGCCUGGUCUGGACGGGAGGGCUGCUGGGCAGCUGGCUCAGGAGCAGCUCGAGACCCCUUUCCCGAACGACAACAUGAUGAGGGUGCCCCUGCCGAUGACGCCGGACGUGCCCCUGGCGUUUCUCGCCGCCGCUUGACCUUGAUGCGAAGCACCGGCACGGCGGCGUGCGGCCAGGCUCUUCGGGCCGCGCGCACGGCAGGCCUGAAGUUGCGCCUCCUCUGUCCCCCUGUGCUCCACCCCCUCUCCUGGCUCGCGCUUGUGUCCCUCCUGGCUCACGACGAUCUGUCUAGCGAAAUUCGUGGGCGAGUGCCGCCACCCGAGCACCGCUCCCGCACGUGCUCUUGCCAGUGAUUUGCAUGUCUGAUCUGGGAUAUCCACGGCACUCGGCCGUGCCACUCCUCUGGAGGCGUGGAGGUUGCUGGGCCCCCCCAUUAGAGAGGAAGAGAGAGAGAGGGAGACGCGGCGUCGCAGCUGGUCUGCCAGACCGUCCGACCGAGCCACCGAAGUGAUCGGGAGAGGACGCGAAUUGCAGACAAAUGGGUGCACCUAUACAUGCUACGUGUGUAUAUAUGCCACUGGCUGCGGAACGCCGCCUUUGAAGGCUUCUCCCUCGCUCCGGGCCAGCUGCGCUCGGGUGCUAAUGCGAUGAUAACUCCUGGGCCCCACGGGCUGCGUUCGGGUGUUGAUGCGGCUGGAGUUAGUCGCCUUAGGCUCCUGCGCGGUGCAGAUGGCCUCCUUUGCAACCUGCAUCGCGAGCCUCCUUGAAAAAGGCGCGCUGCGAUGUACGCGAGAGGACGUGCU